CCUGCAGACCUGGGCAGCCGUGGGGCCGUGGUGAGGGUGAGCAAAGCCCUGGGCAGGAACCGGCUCCUCCCCCAGGGGCUGGCCGUGUACCCCAGCCCUGAGAACCUGCAGAGGAUCCAGCAGGAGCAGGGUGACCCCCCGGGGUUUGGGGUGACCCCCCAGGAUGUUUGGGGCCAUUCCUGUUCCCAGCUCGGGGUGUUCGUGCCCCCCCACGCCCUGCGCCUGCCCCCGGAGCCCAUCACGCGCUGGGGACACUUCUGGUGUGACGUCACGGUGAACGGGCUGGACACGGUGAGGGUGCCCAUGGAUGUGGUGCAGUUCAUGCGCCCCAAAACCAAACGGUUCCGGCACUGGCAGGAGCAGCAGCGGCAGCAGCUGGAGAGCAGCCGGGAGCGGCUCCUCUGACCCCCCCCCCGAGGGCUUUGGGGUCCCCCCCCCGAGGGCUUUGGGGUCCCCAGAAUGGAUUUGGGGUCCCCAGAAUGGAUUUGAGCCCCCCUGGAAAGAUUUGGGGUCGUUUUCCCGCCCCCCCCUCUCUUUGGGAUCCCCCUCUCACCUGUGGGGAGCUCCCAGACAUCGCUCAGUUCCCAGAGCAGCACCUCAGGAAUUUUGGGUUGUCCUGAGCCCCCCCCCCCAAAUUCCCCUGAGCCCCACUCUGGUCCAGGGGGGUCCCUGGGGUGGGUUUGGGGUCCCUGGGGUGGAUUU